AUGGACUGCACGGACAGGUGCACAUAUCCUACUGGCGCCGCAUCCUUGCAGGAUCCAUACAGCAUCAUGCGAUGUAAUUGGAAUAGAACCGACACCGCCUGGGGAGUUUCCGCCAGAACAUGCUACAAUGGUUUCUACAUGGCGCUGGUACCUCAAAACGACGAAGGCAACAACUACUUCUUCGAAUGCAUCCCAUGGACAUUGUGUAGACCGGGAGAAAUACAGUCUCGCUUGCCUAGCCAAAAUCUCGACCGUUUGUGCUCAGUACAACUCAACGUCACGUUCUACUUCACCGACGACUGGCCUCAACUCAAUAAUAUCGAACUCAGCCAACUCAGCGAACACUUGUUUGGGCCCAGUCAAGUGCCGUUUAUCAUUGCGGUCAACACGUUUGACAAU